GUAUAAGAAUCGUCAACAAGAGUGUUGUUGAAAUGGAUUGAGGAAAUAGUUUGAAAGAGUUCAAUAAAAUUGUGUUUUAAUGAUACGCGAAUUUGAUGUUAUCAUUUGCGGGAGUGUAAAAUAAUAAUGAACAGAAAUAUGUGUAAUUUAAAUGAUAAUCCAGAGGAAAGUCCCGACGAAACGGAAGUAACAAAUAGAAUUUUUAGGGUAGAAAGUGAUGAAGAACUUAGACCCUUGAGUGAUGCCGACAAACCUAUCCUUUGGGUGAACGAUACUUUAGACCUAGACGAUGAUCUUUCGUUCCCAAAUAUAUCUAAUUUCUUUCAUCGAGUAGAUAGUAAUCAAAUUCUAUAUAAAACUAAAAAAAGAAAAUUGAAAAUGGUUGGGAAAUAUGUGAUGGGGGACUUACUGGGGGAGGGUUCAUAUGGAAAAGUUAAAGAAAUGCUAGAUUCAGAGAAUCUUUGCAGAAGAGCUGUGAAAAUUUUAAAAAGACGAAAGUUACGACGUAUACCGAAUGGAGAACAAAAUGUUGAAAGAGAAAUAAACUUGUUAAAAAAAUUGCACCAUAAAAAUGUAAUCAGUCUAGUCGAUGUAAUUUAUAACGAUGAGAAGCAAAAAAUGUAUUUGAUUAUGGAAUUUUGCGUUGGGAGUCUACAGGUAAUGCUAGAGUCCACAUCACAUAAGAAAUUUCCUCUUCAUCAGGCGCAUGGUUAUUUCACACAACUAAUUGACGGUUUAGAAUACUUGCAUAGCAUGAGGAUCAUUCACAAAGAUAUAAAACCUGGUAAUUUGUUACUGACUUUAGAAGGUGAUUUGAAGAUUUCUGAUUUGGGAGUAGCCGAGACUAUAGACCUUUUUGCCGAAGAUGACACAUGUUUCCAAGGACAAGGAUCUCCUGCCUUCCAACCUCCAGAAAUUGCAAAUGGCGUUGAAACGUUUCCAGGAUUCAAAGUCGAUGUUUGGAGUUCCGGAGUCACAUUAUACAACAUAACCACAGGAUCGUAUCCUUUCGAGGGUGACAACAUCUACAGGCUGUUCGAAAACAUAGGAAAGGGCGAUUUUACAAUUCCUUUGGAAAUUGAAGAGCCUCUGAAGUCACUGUUAACGGGCAUGCUUGAUAAGGAUCCCAAUCGUAGAUUUAGUAUACAACAGAUCAGGCAACAUCCGUGGUUCUUAAGGAAGCCUCCUAAACUGAAUGUGACCGAAGUUCCUGUACCUCCACUGCAAGGUGACAGUGUACACAAAAUGACAGUUUUACCAUAUUUACAGGACCAUUAUUAUGAUUUAUCAAGUGCCGAAGAUGAUGAUGAUACGUCCAGUCACUAUAUAACAGAGAGAGAAUUGAAUGAAAUGAAGAAAGGUACCGAAGAAAAAAAUAACGAUAAAUCAGUAGUUGCACAAAAUACUAAAAGAAAAUGGAAGAAGAUAUCGUGCUUAACGCUGAGGUCAAUACCUGGUUGUAGGCAGUCGUGACACUUCUUUUUAUAUUCUUAUAGAAUAUUUUUGAUAAAUAAAUUGCUGGUUAUUUGUACCUUACUUUGGAACAGUUGUUGAUAUAUUGUUUUGAAGGUGAUCGAGAUUGAGUUACAAUAUUGCAAUAAUGGCCAUCAAAUUUCCAAUUCAUCAUUUUCUUAGCGAAAAAAUUCAGAUUAUAUUUAUGCUAUAUGUAUUUGUUUUUUUUUUCAGGAGAUUUAUGAUUUGUUAUUAUUCCGUAAUAUAUUUUGUUGAGAUUUCCAAAUUUCUAUUCUUUGGGAGACAAUAUUGUUUUUUUUUCUGUUAGUAAUUUAUGUAAAGAGAGAUGUACUUGAAUAUUUGUCAUAUAAAUUUGUUCUUCGAGUACACAAUAUCAGAUCACCUUGUAUUUUUGUUGGUUUUUGUCACUUGUUGAUAGUUUACUGUUUUAAUAGGCAUUAUACUCUUAAUAAUGUAUGCCAAAUUGGCAGGUUAAAAAUUUUUGGGGGUGAAUUUCCUUCCAACUAUUUUCGAGGAAAUGAAAACUCCUUCAAAGACCAAAUAUUGUUUGUCGUACUAUUUAUGUGUUUCUAUUGAUUUUUUCCCCAUGUUGAAGAUAUAAAUUAUUUUAGAAGUUUGUAAAUAUGAUUUUGAUUUCUGGAUUUUUAUGUAUAAAAGAUGCCAUUUUGAAAUAAACAAUUCUUAAUCGAAGAUUUCCUAAGGAA